CCGCCUGUCAAAUCGCUGUGUUGUUAGGUCCCAUCUGGACUUGUGUUUUGGUUAUGGUGACAGUCAAUUUAUUUUUUGGAACUAGCUGGAUAUUUUGAAUGUGACAUUCAGUAAUGGUGAUUAAGUAUUAAUUUAUUAAGUUUACAAAUAUGGAUAUAAUAGAAGACACGAGCGCAACCUUCCAGCCACCGCCAGAAGCUCCAGUUUUUACUCCGACUGAAGAAGAAUUUGCAGAUGCUCUAGCGUACAUCGCCAAAAUAAGACCUUUAGCAGAAAAACAUGGAAUUUGCAAAAUAAAACCACCUAAGGAUUGGCAACCACCUUUUGCUGUGGAUGUGGACAAGUUCAGAUUUGUUCCUCGAGUACAACGACUCAAUGAACUUGAGGCAAGGUCGAGGAUCAAACUCAACUUCCUUGAUCAGUUGGCCAAGUUCUGGGAGCUUCAGGGCAGCAGUCUGAAGAUUCCUCAUGUGGAGCGUAAAUUACUUGACCUGUAUGACCUAUACAAGGUAGGCACCAGCAUUAUUGUGGAGGGUGAUGGUGGCAUGGAACAGAUCACUACAGAGCGACGCUGGUCAAGGGUCGCCCAGAAGCUUGGAUAUGAGGCCGGCAAGGGGAUCGGAGGAACUCUGAAAAACCACUAUGAAAGGAUACUGUUCCCUUUCUAUCUCUUUAAAACAGGCGCAUCUUUAGAGGCAGCUAACAUCAAAGUUCAUGACGAUCGUGACAACAAGGCUGAUGCGGACUACAAACCCCAUGGCAUUGAAGCCAGAAUGGCAAGUGGCACGUACAAACGCAUACCAAAGAUGGAAAGGAAGGAAGCUUUUAGUAAACAGGAGGCUCCUGUCGAUUACAACAAGAACCCUGAGCUAAAAAAGCUGCAGUUUCAUGGAGCAGGACCAAAGGCUGCAAUCCCUAAAGUUGAAGGGGAUGCGGAAGGUAUAGACAUCCAGGAAGAACCUAGAAUUGAAGAAAAAGUGGAGCAGAAAGAAACAAAGAAAAUGAAGACCAGAAAUAAAACCACUAAUCCUGGCCUGUAUACAUAUGUGGACAUGUACUACUGUCACACAUGUGGGCGUGGGGAUGGUGAGGAGUACAUGCUGCUAUGUGACGGCUGUGACGAUGCCUUCCACACCUACUGUCUCAUACCUCCGCUGUCAGAAAUACCAAAGGGAGACUGGAGGUGUCCUAAGUGUGUCCAGCAGGCCUGCAGUAAGCCUUUGGAUCCAUACGGGUUCGAGCAGUCCAAGAGAGAGUUCUCCCUGCAGUCAUUUGGCGAGAUGGCUGACAAUUUCAAGAGCAACUACUUCAACAUGCCUGUCCAUCUUGUUCCCUGUGAGAUGGUAGAGAAGGAGUUCUGGCGCCUGGUCAAUGCGUUGGAGGAGGACGUAGCGGUGCAGUACGGGGCCGACAUUCACGCCAUGGACCAGGGCAGCGGCUUCCCCACCAAGGCUCUCAAGGAUCAGUUCGCAGAGGACGAGGAGUACAUCAACUCGCCGUGGAACCUGAACAACCUGCCAGUGCAGGAGGCAUCAGUUCUGUGCCACAUCAAUGGGGACAUCUCCGGCAUGAAGGUGCCCUGGUGCUAUGUGGGCAUGUGCUUUUCCAGUUUCUGCUGGCACAUUGAGGACCACUGGAGCUACUCCAUCAACUACCUGCACUGGGGUGAGCCGAAGACCUGGUAUGGUGUGUCUGGUCAUAACGCUGACAAGUUUGAGGAGGCCAUGAAGCAGUCGGCGCCAGAGCUGUUUGAGAACUCCCCUGACCUCCUGCACCAACUCACUACCAUCAUGAACCCCAACGUACUCAUGAAGAAGGGGGUCCAGAUUGUACGCACAAACCAGCAUGCAGGGGAGUUUAUCGUCACAUUUCCUCGUGCCUACCAUGCAGGCUUCAACCAGGGAUACAACUUUGCAGAAGCUGUCAACUUUUGUCCAGCUGACUGGCUGCCUAUUGGUCGUAAAUGCAUUGACCACUACCGCGUCCUGCACCGACAGUGUGUGUUCUCACACGAGGAACUUGUGUGCAAGAUGGCUGCAGAUCCUGACCACCUCGACUUCCAGAUUGCAGCCAUGACACACGAGGAUCUACUCGCUGUGGCUGACAAUGAAAAGAAAAUGAGAAAGAACCUUCUCGCAUUGGGAGUGACGGAGGCUGAGAGGGAAGCGUUUGAGUUGUUACCUGACGAUGAGAGGCAGUGCUCCUACUGUAAGACCACCUGCUUCCUCUCCGCUCUCACCUGCUCAUGUUCCACAGAUAAAUUGGUAUGUCUCUACCAUACGGACAAGCUAUGUAGUUGCCCACCCAGCAACUAUUGUCUGCGAUAUCGUUACACGCUGGAUGAGCUGCCAUCCAUGCUGGGAAAGCUGAAGGAGCGCGCCCAGUGGUUUGAGAAAUGGCACACACAAGUUAAGCAGGCCUUGGCAGCAUCCGAUGAGGCCAAAGUUGACCUGUUGGAGCUGAAGAACCUGCUGAUAGAUGCCGAGGAGAAGCACUUCCCAGACUCUGAGCUGCUGCAGUCAUUGAACAGCGCUGUCACAGAGGCAAUGAAGUGUGCCAACGUUGCCAGCCAGCUCGUCUCCAAGAAAGUCAGAACCAGGAAUAGACAAAGCACAGAUGGGAAAUACAUAGCCAAACUGAGUCUGGAGGAGCUGAACUGUUUCUAUGAGCAGGUGGCAAGUCUCCCCUGCAUCAUAAAGGAGCGCAAACUACUCAAGGAGCUGCUGGACCAGGUUCUCAAGUUCCAGUGUGAUGCCAAGGAAGCCCUGGAGGCAGAAACGCCCGACUCCACCAAGCUGGAGCAUCUCAUAGAGUUCAGUGCCACGCUGGAUGUAGACCUGCCUGAGAUACCCAAACUCAAACAAGUGCUGCACCAGGCCAAGUGGCUAGACGAGGUGCGUGACUCCCUGCAGGACCCCACCACAGUGGUCCUGGAGACCCUGAGGAAGCUGAUGGAGUCCGGGGUGGGCCUCUCCCCCCACCCUGCCGUGGAGAAGGCCAUGGCAGAGCUGCAGGAGCUGCUGACACUCAGUGAACGAUGGGAGGAGAAGGCCAGGAUCUGUUUACAGGCUAGACCAAGGCACGUGUUGAGCACAUUGGAGGCAAUCGUAAAUGAGGCGUCCAACAUUCCAGUGUACCUGCCUAAUGUGAACACCCUGAAGGAAGCCCUACGCAAGGCCAAGGAGUGGGUGUCCAAGGUUGAGUCCAUUCAGAGCUCGGACUCGUAUCCCUACCUGGACGUGGUGGAGUCCCUUGUGAACAAGGGCCGACCCAUCCCUGUCAGACUGGACCAGUUGCCCCAGGUGGAGUCGCAGGUGGCUGCCGCCAAGUCCUGGAGGGAACGCACAGCCAGAACAUUCCUCAAAAAGAACUCCACGUACACCCUUCUAGAGGUACUUUCCCCUCGUACUGAUGUGGGGAUCUACAGCGGGGGACGCAAGAAGAAGAAGCUUAAGGACUUGGACAAGAGCGGGUCUGACAGCAACCUCACCGACAUCAAGAUUGAGGAGCAGAGGGACCCUGCUCUCAUUGUAGCGGCGUUCAAACUUGCUGAGGAGAAGGAGGCAGAAGCCAUGAUGGAUCUGCGUAUCCGCAACAUGGAGAAGAUUCGCAAUGACGGCAUGGAGGCCAAGUUCUGUAUCUGUCGCAAGGGGGCCUCGGGCUUCAUGCUGCAGUGUGAACUCUGCAAGGACUGGUUCCAUGGAACAUGUGUGCCAUUACCCAAAUCAGCAAACAUUAAAAAUCGUUCAUCCCAGCUGGCUGCUGUACAAGCUGCCAAGGAUCUCAAGUUUCUGUGCCCGCUUUGUUUACGGUCACGCCGUCCCCGCCUGGAAACCAUCCUGUCAUUACUAGUCUCCCUGCAGAAGCUGCCGGUGCGCUUGCCCGAGGGUGAGGCAUUGCAGUGCCUGACUGAACGUGCAAUGGCCUGGCAGGACAGGGCUAGACAGGCUUUGACCACCUCGGAAUUGGCAUCAGCUCUUGCUAAACUCAGUGUUUUAAGUCAGAAAAUGGUGGAGCAGGCUGCAAGGGAAAAAACUGAGAAAAUAAUAAACGCAGAACUUCUGAAGGCUGCAAAUAACCCUGAGCUUCAGGGCCAUCUAGCGAGUGUUACUCAUGGAGCGUUUAAUAGGACUGGGGAGGGCCUGGCCAGGCAUGGGGACACUGGUAUGGACAUUGGGGACUCCAUGUCCAUGCCUCUCUCACCUCCAGGUGCGGACGAGGAGUCCCGGGGCGGGGAGGAAGACUAUCAGCUGGAGAUCGAGGUGGUCAGCUCUGGAGAGAACAGCAACCCACCAGCUAGUGGCAUGUCGGAACAUGCAUACUCUACCAUGUCCAAGCUUCCUGCAGGUGCUGGCACACCAAAGAAGCAGCAGAGGAAGACGGCGCUGGUGCCGCGGCAGGUGGAGAACCCUGUGUUGGAGCUGUCGGACCAGGCCAAGGUACAGCUGGAAAUACUGAUGAUGGAGGGUGACCUGCUGGAGGUGUCCCUGGAUGAGACCCAGCACAUCUGGAGGAUCCUGCAGGCAUGCCAGCCCCGAACAGAGGAGAACAAGGUCGUGGAGUUUGAUGAAUAUGACUCAAAGAUGGGUUAUGACGGAGAGCGAAUUAAGAUCAAGAAGGAAAGGGACCCGGAAAAGAAGAAGCUCUUGAAAAUGAAGAGAAAGCAGGCCCUUGAUGGGCUUGAUGACCCUUUGAAACCCAAGAAGGUCAAGGUUAUUACGGUGGGGCUGGAUGGGGACAAGCUGGUGAAGAAAAAAAAGCUGAAAAUUAUGAAACCAAAAAUUGGCAGAGAACUUGAUGAAAAUGGAAUGGAAUUUGAUGACCUACUUGGUCAAGAGGAAAUGACAGGACCUUUAACUAUUGACAUCAAACCUGAAAAGUUGAAGAAAAUCGCCAAGAAAUUCCCUGAAAAAGGAGAUAAACAACGCAAGAAGAAAAAACUCAAGCUGCCUUUGGUGAAGUCUGAAGAUGGACAGAUUGUGGAGAAGAAGAAGAGGAAGAGACGCACUCAGAAGGAGGUGAUGAUGGCCGAUGAGGAUGAGGAUGACAAUGAUGAGGACUGUGCAGCACUCAAGUGUCUCAAACCCACAGGUGAGGUGAACUGGGUGCAGUGUGACCGGUGUGAGGAGUGGUUCCACCUGCUGUGUGUGGGCCUGGCAGAGGACGAGGUGAAUGAGGAGGAGGAGUAUGAGUGCUUCAACUGCAGGCAGGGGCGGGGCCAGAAGGCAGUCCUCGUUAACCCUGCCUCCCAGGUCACCCACGGGGUCAGCACCAUAUCCGGCAUGUACAACGGGGGUCGCUAUGGUAAUGAGGAAGGGGCUACACUGCACCGCAUCGACAAACAGGACUCGGACAGUAUUGCUGACAACAUACUGAUGUGCAAUGAGGAUGUGGAGGUCGCUAUGGGGACGGGAGGUUACGGUAGGUCGCUACUGAACGGCAAGGGGGACACUGGUGGAGGGAUUGGUGCGCUCUCCAAACUGACCCAAUUCUCCUAUGAGACGGACGAAAGCUCUCAGGAUGAGGUGAAGUCCUCGUAUUCCCUCGGUGGAAACAGCGGCGACUCCCAGCAGGACUCCAUGAUCGUCAUGGAAACGGAUUCCCAGGCUGCAGUCGAGGGAUUGUAGUGAAAUCUCAUGCAUGGGUUGGUGAUAGAAACUCUCUGGAGCAUUGGUGUGUGUAAGAGAACGGCUUAUCCAGUAGUGUACAGUAGUCUUGUUAGCAGAACAGUUGUAUUAGAACAUGGAACUUAUGAACCACCACAAAACAUACAUCUCGGUUGUGUGGGAAAAGAAAAAAACACCAUUUUCAUGUUAAAUGCUUGCAGGUUAAUCACUGAUUUUUCUGAAUGUUGUGCUUUAUAUUGUUUCCAUUUACCAUUGAAUGUUGUUUUUUGACUAUGUUUCAGGUAAAACCUUGUUUGUGUUUUAAAAACAUUUAACCACCAAGGUGUAAUUUUGUGUUUAUUUUUGGAAGUUAGGCUUUGUAAAAAUAUGCAUGUUAAGUUAUUUGAUAUUUUAUCUUUGGUUAUUUUGUGUAAUAUCUGUGUUUUUGUUGGUUAUUUUUGUUAAUGAAGUUUUUUUUAUCACUUCAUAGUUUUUUGGAAAUUAACAUUUUCAGCACAUUUUGUAGUAAAACAGUAUUCCUUUGACAGUUUUGACAGUUUCUUUGUUUUGAUCAUUUUCAAUUUUCUAAAGUAUUGUUGAUAGAUUUGUGUAUGUAAAUAUAGAAUCAUGUGUAUAUACUGUGUAAACAAGUUGAUUUGGAACCUUAUUGUAAAAUGUGCUAAUUGUAUUGCAUGAUGUAAGUCAAAGACUUCAACAUUAUUGAAUGCAUGUACAACGUUCUAUCAGACCUGUAAGGGUGCUGCAGCAUAAUGAAAGCAGUUGUCACAAAUCAGAAAGUGCUUUUUCCUUUGGCACAUUUAUCAAAUUCUACAUUACUCAUCAAUUUUAGUGUUUCCUUGGUUAUACAUGUCAAUAAAAGUGAUUCACUAGAUCAAA